GAUGCGGCGGGGCCGGAGCCGGGCACGAUGCGCGGCGGGGCGCUGCCGCUGCUCUGCGCCCUGUCCCUGUCCCUGUCCCUGUCCCUGUGCCCGGCGGCGCUGGCGGCCCCCGAGCCGGGCUCGGGGCUGGACUCAGAUGAGGUGAACCUGCUGGACAAAAUCAUUCUCCAUGCCCAGGACCUCAGCAAUGUUUCCUUUGGCUACGACCACAGCAAGUGCAGGAUCCUGGAGAUCGGGCAGUACGCGACCCUCAACAUCCCCACCAGAGAGGCCUUUGGGGACAGGUUUGCAGACGAGCUGAGCGUGCUGCUGAAGCUCAGGUACUCCCUGAAGGAGGACACCAGCCUGGUGACCAUCCUCAGCCACCGCAGCCACGUGCUCUUCCAGAUCAGGGUUAACCCCUACGCCCUGGUCUUUGUCACCACGAGGAGGAGACACUACGAGUUCCCAGUGUCCUUCCUGGGCGAUGGGCACUGGCACCAGGUGGCUCUCAGCAUCUCCCUGGAGAGGCUGGAGCUGCACGUGGACUGCCGGCUGGUGGACAGAGUGAGCUGGUCCAACUAUUUUGGGAUGGGAGUGAACACCGAGGGGCUGAUCAUCAUUGGAGGCAUCAUCGAGUCCUUCGAGAUCCCCUUUAAGGGCGCUCUCCAGCAGCUGACCUUCGUGAUGGGAGACCCAGCAGCUGCUGCUGAGCAGUGCCACAGCUACAAGUCCACCUGCCCAGGCUCCUCCAGCCUCCACAGGGCCCCGUGGGAGCUCUCAACAGCCUGGCCAGAGGUGCCAAAGGAAACCAAUGAAAUCCAGGAUUCAUCUACUCAGGAUUCCAGACUCACCAGUUCAGAUUCGGCCCCGGGGCCACCUUGGCCAUGGGAGGAUGCCCAGGGCACCCUCAGCCUCCAGCCUGAUGGGAGUGCCCUGGCUUCCCCCUCUGCUCACGAGCUGCCAUCAGCUGAGGAGGACGAGGAGGAGGAGGAGGAGGAGGGCAGCCUUUCCAUUGAGGAUGAAGGCUUUGAGCUGCUGAACUCCACCUACAAUAAAAUCACUGGGCCGGGCAGGCCAGCACUCAGGAGAAGCUCAGCAGCGUCCAUCAAACCCCCCCAAGUAGCCAAGAAGGAGCGUGGCUCUGACCCCCGGGAGGAGAACGUCACCACGGAGAAGCUGUCAGGGGACACCAGCGCUCGGCGGCAGCUCCCGCCCGGCAAACCCCACCUGGACCCCAAAGUGUCCCCACCAGCUCAUCGGGGGGCUGCUCCCAAAGGAAACGUCCCCAAAGGUCCCCUGAGGGCAGGGGCAGUGCUGGGUGUCCCACAGCCUCCCCUUGGAGCGGGACAGCCCGGAUUGUGGGUGGCACGUGGAGGCCAGGGCUGUGUGAAGCCGGGACCACCGGGGCUGCCGGGACCUCCUGGGCUGCCGGGCUGUCCUGGCAGACGGGGGCUGGUGGGACCCAAAGGAGACAAAGGAUUCCCGGGGGCCGUGGGGAGGACGGGGCCCCCAGGCGAGCCUGGCCCUGCUGGCACCCCCGGUGUGCCCACCAUUGUCCUCUGGAGGAACUCCAGGGAGGACUGGCAGUCCUUCAUGCAAUCAUCAUUUUACCAACUCCUGCACGCGGGCUGGCCGAGAAAACCUGGAGCUCCUGGGCCCCCAGGACACCCUGGGAAAACAGGAGCACCUGGAGCCUGCGGAGCACCGGGAGAGCCGGGGCAGAAAGGCCAGCGGGGGUACCCGGGGGAACCCGGGCUCCAGGGCUUGCCAGGACGUGUGGGAUACCCUGGCUCUGAUGGCUUCCCUGGCUUGGAUGGCAAACCUGGGCCCUGGGGGCUGCCAGGGGAGCAGGGCCUCCAGGGCUUCCAGGGUGACCGAGGGCUGGCUGGGGACAAGGGAGAAGAGGGUUUCUUGGGGGACCCUGGAGCAGCUGGGGACAAAGGAGAGAAGGGAGUGAAGGGGGUGAAGGGAGAGAAUGGGCUGCCAGGUCCUGCCGGGCUCCAGGGGCUGGCGGGGCUGAAGGGUGCCAUGGGCUUCCAGGGCCCUGCAGGGCCAGCGGGAGAAGGUGGCUCAGUGGGUCCCCCGGGCCCUGCUGGUCCCAUGGGAGAGCGGGGCCAGCCGGGAUCCGUGGGAUGCCGAGGCACCAAUGGCUCUCAGGGUGCAGAUGGAGCCCCUGGGGUGAGGGGACAGCUGGGACAGGAGGGCCCUGGGGGUUUCCUUGGCCUGCCAGGUGCAAAAGGCUCCCAAGGAGAGCAGGGCUGCCGAGGUCCGGCUGGAGCCAAGGGAGAUUUGGGAGCCAAAGGAGGCAAGGGCCCACGAGGAGCACAAGGAGCAAAAGGCCCUCCAGGAACCCGGGGCCAGGGGGGCUUGCAGGGCUUCCCCGGCCCCCGAGGGGCUGCAGGGCCACGGGGACCAGAUGGAGAAGAAGGUCAGAUUGGCCCUGCAGGGCUAAACAGCAGCGAGGGACCCAAGGGAUGCCAAGGAGCUGAUGGCCCCAAGGGAACCCCAGGACCACGGGGAGCCCGGGGCCGUGUGGGGCAGCGUGGGCUGGUUGGAGUCCCUGGGCUGCCUGGCUCGCGGGGCGUGCCGGGAGCGGAGGGCGCAGAAGGAAAGCCUGGUACACAGGGCCACGCAGGGACCUUGGGCAGCCCAGGCAGGAGGGGACCACUGGGAUUUGCUGGUUUGCCAGGGAGCCGUGGGCACGCCGGAACUCCUGGAUCCAUAGGCUCUCCAGGAAAGCCUGGACCUGAUGGAGAGCCGGGUUGCUCGGGCCCAAAGGGGCUGCCUGGGAAGCCUGGCUUGGAGGGGCCACAAGGACCUGUGGGCACCUAUGGCUAUCCAGGACCUGCUGGAGACCGCGGGAGGUUGGGACACAGGGGAGACAAGGGAGAAAGGGGAGCUCAAGGUGCCCCAGGAUUUCCAGGAAAAGCUGGUGCAAAGGCCCUGCCGGGUCCCCCUGGUCCUCGUGGUGCUCCAGGCUCCCAGGGCAGGACAGGUGACCCAGGUCCUCGAGGGCUCCCAGGGCUGCCUGGUGUUCCUGGCACGAGAGGGCUGGCUGGCAUUCCUGGGAAUCCCGGCUUGGGCGGGGAAAGAGGCGCUCCUGGAGCAGCUGGUGCUGCUGGCCCGCCUGGCUACCCGGGCCGGGAAGGUCCAAAGGGACGUGAAGGGCCUGCAGGGAUGAGAGGAGAGAAGGGUGAGGUGGGAGCUCCCGGGGCAGCCGGAGUCCGCGGGCUGGAUGGGGAGCAGGGACCACCAGGAGCAGCAGGAGCAGAGGGUCAGCUGGGGCCCAAGGGUGAGCAGGGAGAGGCAGGAACCUGUGGAGCUCCAGGCAUCAGAGGGAGCCCUGGGGAGCCAGGGGACGAGGGAACAGAGGGGCCACCAGGACAGCCUGGGAAGCAAGGCAAGGAGGGUGACACUGGUGACACUGGAGACCCGGGUGAGCCAGGACCACGGGGACAGAAGGGCAGUGCUGGUCCCAGGGGCAUUCCUGGAAUUCCCGGUCCAGGAGCUGCCACAGGUGAAAUUGGAGGGAAAGGCCAGAAGGGAGAGAAGGGCCGAGAAGGUUUGCUGGGCCAGGGCGGUGUCACCGGAGCUGCAGGACCUGCCGGAGCCAGAGGAUGGUUGGGGCCGCCAGGACUCCGAGGUCCUCCCGGGCUCGAUGGUCCCGAGGGAGAGAAGGGAGAUCCAGGGCCACGAGGUGUGGAUGGACCUGCUGGGGCUGCAGGAUUCCAGGGACAGGCUGGAGAUGAUGGAGUAAAGGGAGAUGAUGGCAAGGCCGGCCCGGUGGGCUCGCAGGGGGCUCAGGGACUGGCGGGUGCCCCCGGGCUCCGGGGCUACAGCGGGCACGAGGGAGCCAGAGGAGUGGUGGGCACCAAGGGCCAGCCAGGCCGGCAGGGGACUCUCGGGCCACCGGGUGAAGCUGGAGCCACGGGGCUGAGUGGCACUGAGGGCCUGGUGGGUGCAAAAGGGGAGCCAGGCGAGCCGGGAAAACCAGGACAAAUGGGGUCUCCUGGACAAGCUGGUCCUAAAGGACGGAAAGGCUGCAAAGGAGAUAAGGGUGACAUGGGGCAGGAAGGGGACAGAGGGGUCCCAGGAGAAGCUGGCAGACGGGGCAAGCGAGGCAAGAUGGGCCAGCAGCCCCCACGGGGUCCCUGGGGACACAAGGGCUACCCAGGUGACAAAGGACUUCCAGGGCCCCAGGGACCCCAGGGACCCUAUGGCAUCCCGGGGCUGAAGGGCAUCAAAGGAGAGCCUGGACCGAAAGGACACAAGGGCGAAAAGGGCAGCAAGGGUGACCUGGGCCAGCAAGGGGACGAUGGCUUCAAGGGCAAGCCAGGACCCCACGGUGUCCCUGGGAGGCCAGGACCCAAGGGAAAGCAGGGUGACACUGGCCCCCCUGGCCCACAGGGACACCCUGGAAUUCCUGGGACACCGGGCUCGUCUGGACCCAAAGGGCUGAGAGGCUUCCCGGGCCUGCCAGGCCCCCGGGGCACACCGGGCUUGCCGGGUCUGGCUGGCCCCCCUGGUCCCAGCGGGCCUGCACUGAUGCUGUCCCAGGAGGAGCUGCAGCACCUUAUUUACUCCUCCAACCACCUGAAUUACACCGUGGUCUGGGCUCUGCUGGACUCCCUGAGCCGGGAGCUCCAAGCCCUUGUGGAGCAUCCCAAUGGCACCAAAACCAACCCGGCCACCACCUGCAAGGAGCUGCUGCUGGCUCACCCCGGCUUGCCCGAUGGGCAAUACUACAUCGACCCCAACCAGGGCAGCCCUCAGGACGCGCUGAGGGCCUUCUGCAACUUCACAGCUGGAGGGGAGACCUGCAUCGCCCCCGUCCACAACCAGGUCCCCAUCAAGGCUUGGCUGAGCACCUACAGCUCUGAGAACACCUUUGAGUGGUUCAGCACCCUGCCCGGGGGCUUCCUGCUGGAAUACGCGGGGGCCAGCCCGGUGCAGCUGCGCUUCCUGCGCCUGCACAGCCACCGCGCCAGCCAGAAGGUCUCGUACUCCUGCAGAGCGGCCCCGGAGCGCGGCCGGCCCCAGCCCCACAAGGAAAUCCGCUUCCUGGCCGACUCCCGGGAGCACAGCUAUGCGGCCAGCCUGCAGGGCUGCCUGCUGGACAACGAGUCCUCCAUCAGCGACACCAUCUUCCAGUUCAGCACGGAGCAGCUGUGGCUGCUGCCCCUGCGGGACCUGGCUGUCUUCCACAACGGCGACGCCUCGCACCAGUUUGGUUUCACAGUCGGACCAGUUUGCUUCAGCUGAAAGUGGUGCCACCCAAACCGAGCCAGCUGGUUCUGUCCCCACCCAAGAGCCAUCCCAGUGGGGACAAGUGGAUGCUGGGGGUGGCACAGGGCUCCCACCUGCUCCACAGAGCUGCCAGUUCUGAGCUCCGUGUGUGGAGCUGUGUUAUGCCCCGGACUCCACUUCCUUCUGGAGUAGAGGAAUAUUGUUUACAAAAGUCAUUUCUCUAUAAAUUAUAUAUAUAUAUUAUAUAUGUAUAUAUUAUAUAUGAGAAGGUGCUGAUUUAAUGAGUGCUUGGGGGAGGUUUGUGUAAUUAUAAUCACUGGGAACUGUCUGCAAAGGCAAAAAAAAAACAAGGAGCAAAACUAGUGCCAGCUUGGGAAAAGAGGAAGAAAAGGGCUUUUCUUUGCCAGGGUCAAGUGCACAAAUGGUUGGAGCACUGAUUGACCAGGACUGGGCUAGGAAGUGGCCCUGGAAGCCUGGGAGAGCCCAGCACCAAGUGCUGCAAAGGGGUGUAAAUGUUAAUCUCCCCCAAAUUCUGCCUCUGUUUUGAGUCUCCACCUCACUGCGAGGGAUUUGUGCAGUGUAGAGCCAGGCACUGCAGCACUGGGUGCCUUUGUGGGCAUCUGCACCUGCUGGCACUUGGGGAAACUGAGGCAGGGCCAGCUCAUCACACUAAUGGGGAUGGUUGGAAUGUCCCAGCAUGGAACGAACAUGUGUGCUUCUAGUCACAGCUGGAAGGAAAGUUCUCCUUUGUCCUGCCUGUCUAUAGAGAAAAUAAAAUCACAGAAUCCUAAA